CCCAUUUUAUGAAACUGUUUCUCCUUGAAUCUGCUGAUUGGAUUCAUGUUAAAGGUUUACCAAAACGAGGCCGAAGAAGAUUGUGCGUCGUCUACAAGAGAAAUCCAUCUCAAGAAAUUUGCGAAAAUAGUAACUUGAAGGUCCUUCAAAGGCUAUCCAUUGUUGACCAUGUCAGAAAAACAAAAUUAUGGGACAAAUGCCCCAGCCUCUGGAAACUACCCUGCAGAGCCGCCUCCCCAGUAUGAGCCUCCUAAGGGGGCAGGAUACCCACCCCAGCAGGAUGGAUAUGCAGGAUAUCAGCAGGGGACUUAUCCACCACAAGCUGCUCCAGUGGUGGCCCAGCCAACAACUGUGGUAUAUGUGAAUGCGCCUGCAUUUGGGCCCAAUUCCAAGCAGAUGCAGUGUCCAUAUUGCCAGGCACAUGUCACUACUUCAGUGGAAUAUUAUUCUGGAGGGGCUACCUGGCUGGUUGCUGGAAUUACCCUUUUUGUUGGAUGCUGGCUUGGGUGUUGUUUGAUCCCAUUCUGCAUACAAGAUUUAAAGGAUGCACGUCACUUUUGUCCAAACUGCAACCGCACCCUUGGUACAUACCACAGAAUGUAGAUGAUGAUCAGCAUUUUGCUUUAAACACAGGGUUAAUUACCUUCAAAGAAUUUUCUAUAAAAAAUGGUCUCUCUUAAUUGCACUGUCAGUUUUCUCAAAAUAACUUGUAAUUGAAGGCCUUAUUAAUAUUGUAGCUGCUGUGGAUUGAUUCAAAGGUAUAGCGUUAUCCACACAGAGUUAUCCACAUAGCCAUCAAAGAAAUUUGAUAUUAGUACAUGUAUUGGUUCAUAAUCUUUGACACCCUUUAUUGUAUGAACAGUCGCAAUUCAGAUAGGUGCUGAAAUAUAUUUAAUCUGAAUGAUGUGUUAUAAUAUGAAACAUUUCUUUAUAGGGACUCUGUGUGGGUUAAUUGUGUUAGAAAAUACGAAUAACUUACAGAAUUCAAGGGCCUAAUUCAAUUUUCUAGUAGAUACAGACCAUCUCUCUUUAGAGUUCCAGACUUACAACUUUCCUACAAAUAUGCAUUUUUAAGACCACAAAAUUCUUUAUGUGGCUUAUGCUGCGUGAACAAUUCUAUGCAUUUUCACUUUACUUAAAGGGUCACUCUAUGCGAAUUUCCUUGCCAAAAAUGAAUUUUCCAGGGUAAAGAGCAAUUUUUCUCCUAAUCAGGAAUAAACGCUUGCUCUGUACUUGCACUUGGAUUCGCUGUUCUAUUCCAAUUUUAAUUUAAUACUCAAGUUUAAUAUUAUAAAUGACAUCUGCUGUCAUGCACAUUGCCUCAUUUUCACACAAGAAAAUGUUUUGUAUUGUUGCCCUGUGCCUGUAUAAUGCAGACGUUGCAAGCUGGCAAUGUCUACCCAAGGAGUCUGAGAAGAUAAUUAUACACUCCAGUUCAACUUUUAUUUAAAAGGUUUUAUUGUCUCUGGAAUGUGCAUUGGGAAAUACAAGAAGCUUUACAGGAAGAAUAUGACUGUGGGACGUUUUCAAAUGCUUGGAGACAACCUCCAACAAUUCAUUUUUGGCAGGCAAAUCCCAAAGGGUGGUCCUUUAAAUAUGUAAGUUGUUACGUUGUUGGAUGGUGGUGCAGCAUGCCUUUAGACAUAGUGCUAGAAUAUCUCUAAAAGAAAAAAGGGAAGAGUUAUGAUGGCAAUCCGAUGUAUUGAAAUCCAGAUUUGUGUUGAUCUUAUUUUUAUAGAAGGUCCCAUUGAUGUCAUGCACAGAGGAGGUAAGUGCAAGAUUACAAGAGUUGGUAAUGGAUAUACUGACAAAAUGAGUUGACCUUAUAAUUAUACAUAUAUUCAACACUGAUAAAUAUUUAACUUCUGUGAUAUUUGUUAGAAUUCUUCACCAAAGGCUGUUCACUAAAUAUGGAAAAUUUAACUUUUUGUUAAAAUUGCAUUUUCAAAUACUGGGUUAAAGUUGAAUUAAGUUGAAUUAACAUGUUAUAUUGCUAAGACCCCAUUCCCAGAGAUUAGAUCGAUCCGACUAGAUCUGGGGGUUCACGCUAAAUAGCUGUCAGCCG